UCGUAUUGUCUGUUGUGUUUUUUGUCAAGGAUGCUACUAAUGACAUGUAUGUUUAUAAUAAAGAGCCUUUGUUCAGAAUCCUGUUUCCAGUAGACCUGCUGAGGGUUCCAGCAUUAUGCUAACUGCACGUCUGGUCAUAAGCAACAGUGGAACUAAAACUUUUCAUAUAUCAGCUAUGCUAUACUGAGCUCCUUAUCCUGGUCUUUUUACAAAGAUAGAUUUCACCUGGGCAAAGCAGGUGCUGAAGAAAAUGGUUUUUAUGCUACUUCAGACUGGACAGCCAUGCACACAAUCCAUUGAAGCCUGCUGGAAAAGGUUCUGGAAACAGUACUGUUUAAAAGGGCCCAAGUUUAUGCUAAAGGGCAGUGUGUUUGAUGGGUUUUAAACUUGAAACCUCCUGGUCCCAAGUUCAGUAACUCUGGCUCCCUGUCCAUUACUCAAGGCUGUGAACGGAAUGCCUGCUACCUGCAAUUUGCACCUUUCGCUGUUGAGACCAGGAUGUCUGCCCCAACUGUGCCUCUUCCUGAUCACGUUUCCGUGGGUUCUCAGGGUCUCGAUCUCCUCUUUCAUUAGCACUGCAUGAGCAGUCAGUGGCUCAGUAUAUGGUAAAGUACACAUCACCGAGCACAGGAGAGGUAGAAGGAAACUGGGGAGGUUCCAGACUGCAGUUUCACAUGAGAAUCUUUUGAUCUAAGCUCACCUUGUCUGGAAAAGACGUUCAUAUCCUUCCCUCGGGAGGAGACACACAGUUUUGGUCAAACAAAGUGGCUCCAGUUCAGGUUGAUUUGAGUGGCAGGAAUUAGUGUAUAACCCUUGGACUUGGGGGGGGUGCUUCAACAUUACAACUAUGACUUAUAGAAAAAGUUGACAAAGGCAUCCAGCAGGUCUCACAGAGUCAUACAACAGUUUUCAUUGUCUUUGGAUCGUUCUAAUAACUUUAGAAGAUCUAGGGAACAAAAUGCUCAAAAGCAGGUGGGGGGCUGGCUUUGAUUUCACCGCUUAGGCUGCAAGAUGGGUAACAGGGUCCAAACGCUUGGGUCCCAUUUUAUUUUUUAUUAUUCAAGGACUCUGUGUCUGUAUUAGGUCUUCCAGGGCUCCUUUGUGGUUUAGCCUCUAAGUGACAUUCAAGUACAAAUAUGGAACAUAUCAUGGUGUCAUCUGUCAGGAAUACUGUGCAGGAUUUUUUUUUUUUCACUGCAGCCACAACACUUGGACGAGACGGACACACUCCCCCACACCAUGUGUUUCCUUAUGACUCAGGGAGGAUGUGCAGAAUGGCCGUGUACCAGCUGACUCAACUCUUACACCCAACGAGUGACUAUGAGGACAUGAGUGUUUCAGAGGAGGAGAUGCUGUAAAGGGUACAGGUUUGUGAUGGGCCAGUGCAUACCCGAAAGUGUGGAUGUGUGCGCAGGAUCCCCAUGCGAGCAGCAGUGCACCGACAACUUCGGACACAUUGUCUGCACCUGCUACCCAGGGUUCCGCUUUGACAGGGAGAGACACCGGAAGCACCGGCACCCCUACUGCAUCGAUGUGGAUGAGUGUGAGGAGUCCGGCGGAGCCGUGUGCGAGCAGCGCUGCGAGAACAUGCCGGGCAGCUUCCAGUGUCACUGUCACCGUGGUUACAUGCUGGCCCCUAACCGGCGCUCAUGUGUGCCCCAUCACAACAUAUCCUCAUCUAGCUCCCCAGGGAAAUCAGAGCGGACAAUGACGGGUGGAUCCUGCUCACUGACGUGCCAGGACAUUGCCAGCAUGAGGGAUAGCCUGGUCCAGCUCCGGUUGCAACUAGAGAACCCCUCAACUCCAGGACAGCCACUGUCACCCGACAGGGCCAGUGGAGACAAACUGCACCCCAGGUGGGUGCAGAAGGAGCCUGAGGCCUCUGCCAUAUCUGGCCCUCCUGGUGCUCCUGGACCGCCUGGGCUCCAUGGACUCCAGGGGGCACCAGGAGAGAAAGGAGAACCUGGACCCAGGGGUCUUCCAGGUCCUCAGGGCCCACGAGGGAUCAUGGGCCCAAUAGGGCCAAUGCCGGACCUGGAUCACGUCAAGAGGGGCCGGAGGGGUCCUGUGGGUCCUCCAGGUGCACCUGGGAGAGAUGGGCAGAAGGGAGAACGGGGCCCUCCUGGACCAAGUGGCCCACCGGGACCCCCUGGCUCCUUUGACUUUCUGCUCCUGCUGAUGGCAGACAUCCGCAUCGACAUAAUUGAGCUGCAGGAGCACGUGUUUGGAAAACAUCGUGACAUCUCGCUGGAUGCUCCACCCCCUCUUCACGGGGACACUGAUCUGGAGGAAUGGGAGUCGGGGCAAGAGGAGCUCAUGUUCAACACUUGAUGUUUGGAGGCACAUGCACAGUGCUUGACAGAAAUGGAUUGUCAUCAAAAGAGAAAAAAGACUUGCACAUAUCCUUAAAUGCAUUUAUUGUUUGCAGAAUAUUAUCUCUAAAAUGGGAAGAAGGUCCAGCUCCUGACCAGGAAACCUUCUGUUGCUAUGUUUCUUCAUCCAUAGCUGACAGAGAGGAGCUGUAAAGGACAGGGGUAGCGCCUUGAACGCACAGCUUCUCGUAAACUUAUGUGAGCGUGUGCCCUCUGUCCACUUGUGGGCCGCCUCAUCACCAUUAACAAAACACCUCUAAACACACAACUCAGCAGUGUGUCUUUGCUCAGGGUCCCAGGCACAUUGGCAUGUCUCUGUGAUCAUCCUGGAAUUACAAACUGAGCAAAAGCCUCAGUACAAAGCACUUGUAAUCCAAAUUGUUCAUCUCCGCUUUUUCUUUCUAUGUCAGCGACAUACCGAAGGCUUUUUAAUUGUGUGUUUGCACAGACCUAAGACGUUCCAACAAUACUGACAAGGGACAUAAAGACAAUUCUCUGAAUCUCACACUUCUUAAGAACUCUUUGUACAUUGAGUGUGCUGGUUCUCUUUUUAGUCUAAGUGGCACUCAAUGAGUGUGUCCUUAGAAGCAUCUGCUGAUGUCUCAGCAGCUCCUCACUGACCCUUCUGAAGCUUGGAUGGCUCGCGUUUCCCAUGAAUCGAUUGUGAUUUGUCGCUUUUCAUCUGAUGAUACAAUGUCAGGCUCUUGAAAAUAAGUGAGGGCAAAAAAAUGGGUUAGCACCAGAAGGAUAAAUGUACAAAGGACCAGGAUUCAUUUGCAGUUAGUAAAUCACAAAGCCUUUUUUGCGCUGUGAUUUACAGAGCUCGGAGUGAAAAAAAAAAUGUGCUGUUUGUAAUGCUAAAUAUUCAUGAAAACUUUGUGUUGUCAUUUUUGGGUUCUUCCAAGGGAUGCCUGCAAGCGUGGUAUUAAAACAAGCCAAGUCAAGCUAUGAUGCCGUUGGACCGUAUUGUGGAAUAACAUCUGCUAAUCAGAAACAAAAAUUCUUAAUAUAAUGCUUAUGCCAAAAAUGGAAAAAAUGUACUGAAAACUACAUGAAAACAUAGAACAAAUUCAUCAGUGAAUAACCAGCUGUUUGGCCUGGAUUCUGCAUGUAGGUUAUUCAAGUUCUGCUGUUACCCUUUCCCCAGAAGAUUAAGAGCCUUGCUUGAUGUGGCCAAAGAUAUAUCGUUAUAUAUUGAUAUAUAAAGCAGCUUCUGCACCUAAUAACACCCUUGGUAUGUACACUCUGACUUGAGUGUGUAGACAUCUGACCCCCAACCCUUCAGUUGGUAUGUGACAUGGAGACCAAAAUGCAGAGCUAUUCUGCACAUUUCAUACAGACAGUGCCUUUCAUACUGUAUUUUUUUAUAUUUUGUUUUUCUGAAGUAACAAUUAAGUCCAUUGUCCUUUGGCCCACCAAGAUUGUUUAGCAUAAUAGGACAGAGGCUCUUUCAUCACAAUUUAUUUGCUGGUGUUCAGAGCUGUGUCUAAAAAAAUAAUGGCUUUGCCCAUGGUCUGUGGUACAAAAGUGUAAGUACCAUGUGUUGCUGCCCAAUGUGAAGAUUUCUGAAGGCUCAAAAUGAAACAAAGGCUGUACAUAUUUGAGACCCAUGACAGAAAUGUAAUGUUGACAACAGCUUGGGGCGGAGAUUCUGAGUCCUUUUGCGCAUGACCUCCUCGAGCUUAUAAUCAGUAUCCAGGAAAUUGAUACUGAUUAUUAUGUUUAUGAAAAUGGGAUGGAAAAUGAAAUGGAAUGAAAAGUGAAAAUUUGGUUUUCCACUUGGAAAGUAUGUCUUUAAUCAAAGAAUCAUUGGCAUGCUCUACAUUAAAGCAGUCAGUAUUGCAAAACCUGAUCAAUCUGACCUUCGAGAACUUCCGUAAUUUAUGUUUUGCACUGGAUCAGCAAUAUGUCCAUUGGCAGCUCUUUCUUCCCUUGUACCAAGCCCAAUAUGGUUAUAUUGCUUGGCAACAAGGAGCCAAAUCCGGCAAUUAAAGGGCUGCUGUGGUGUCAUCGAUAACCCUGUUUCCUCAUACCGGAUAUUUUUUUGCUCUUUUCUACUUUUGCUAUGUAUGACAACACAUAGAUCGUGGUAGUUCAGUCAGGUUAGUGUCAGUCGCACACACAAAUACUGUACGUAUGUACUGUGCAUAUAAAUAUUGUACAUACCCAGCUGAAAUCAUCAUCUAUGCAUGAAAGAAGAAAUAUGACAUAUCAGAAAGGUUUCUUUUUUCAGUCAUAUGCUGCUAUUUGCUUUGGCCAGUAGACCUAUCCAAAAGCAAAAGAGCCACUUCAAAUCCAAACCACAUAUGUGCAAAUGCCUAGGCAUCAAGGGGAAAGGAGAAAUUGACUUUCACAUGAGACUGAACACAAAACAAUCCAGCAACAAUCCAAUCCAAGAAAUUAGUAGCUAAAAUAAAUAAGCACUCACAAUCUGUACAAAUCGAGUCUGUUCUGAACUCUGUGUGUCAAAGCAUACAAUUUAAACACAGUAACCUUAUCUUUUGAAAUAAUGCAUUCUGUGUACUGUGGAGCUAAAUACAGUGCCUUCAGAAAGUAUUUAC